AGAAAAUUUGUUGUGGGUUUGAAUGAUUUGUGGUUUUAGGUGAAAACCCAUUUGAUUUUGGGUUUAAAUGAUCGGAUUUUGGUGAGAAAUUUGUGUAGGGUCCAUCAGGGGUGAGACGUCUUUCUCUGUUUAACUGCAUGAACUGUGUUUCUGAUUGGCAGAGCUAAACAGAAUCUUACAGAUUUUGUUCUUCGUGUCGUAAUUCUCAGAAAUUUAAUGUUUGUUGGAUGAUUUGUCUGAUUAUGUGUUCUUCGUGCCGCUGGUUAAUGAUGCUUCAUUAAGGAUUUUCGCAAGCUGCGUUCUGUCAACUCGUCUGUAAGAGUGAUCGAUCUUUGAUCUUCGUUCUCUUGUUACUUCUGAAGUUGUUGAAGUGAAAAUGGAGUUUAAUUCUUCAAAGCAUAAGCGCGCCAAGAGUGAUCUUGCCAGAAAAAGAAUCCAUGAGGAUAAGAACCCCAUCCUCAAUGCUCCUCAACCUCCAAAAACUGUUACAGAGCAGGUGAAGAUUUGUGAAGAGCCUCAUCAAAGGCGGGUCGAAAGCAUUGAAGUUAAAACCUCCCUAAAAGAAGAGAUUGAACAACUCCAGAAGCAACUUGAGGACCAACUUAUAAUACGCAGUGAACUAGAGAAGGCAACAACAAGUCGACCUUUCUUACACGAUUUUGUUGAUGAAGCCUCGCUCACGAAGUCUUCUAAGGAUCUAAUCAAGGAAAUAUCGCUACUGGAAUUUGAAGUUAAGCAUUUGGAGAAGUAUCUUCUCUCUUUGUAUCGUAAAACUUUCCAAAAGAAGGAACCAUCUUUAUCUGCAACCGAUACCAAAUCAAUAUUGAAGGAACAACAGUCGUCACUUGUCAACUCUAGCAGUUUUAUGCCAGCUCGAGCCUCAACUGAUAAUCCACCUAAAGAUUUUGGUCCCAUUUUGGAGUCACAGCCAAUGGAAGAUUCGUAUGUGAAUCGAAGCCACUCAUCGCUUUCUUACAGAACUCCACCGAUUUAUAUGGCUGUUAAUCAAGCUGUGGAAUCAUACCAUUCCUUACCAUUAGGAAUGUUGGAGCAUGCUAAGGAUGAUUGUUCAAGUGUGAGCCUGGCUGAGCAUCUUGGUGGAUGCAUUCCUGAUAAUAUUCCAAUGUCUGCAAAUCGGCUUUCCGAGGAAAUGAUCAAGUGCAUCUCGAGCAUUUAUGGUCAAAUUGCCGAUCCACCCUUGUUCAAUCACGACUUCCCUUCAUCUCCCCUGUCAUUCCCGUCCCCACCUAGUGAUUCUUCGCCACGAGACCAGUUUAGCAUGUGGAGCCCGCAUUGUGAAGGAUCAAUGGAGUUCGGUGAAUCCUAUUUCACUACAGUUGAAGUUCAAGGUAUUUGCAAAAAUACUCAGAGGCUAAGUAGUGUUGAACAGAAGCAACAGAAUUUCAGGUCUCUUGUUUCUCAGUUAGAACAAAUUGAUCCUAGAACGUUGAAACACGAGGAGAAGCUAGCGUUCUGGAUCAAUAUACACAAUGCUCUAGUGAUGCAUGCCUACUUGGUUCAUGGAACUCCUCGUGGUGCUCUUAAGAGGAUAUCGUUAGUCUUAAAGGCUGCUUAUAAUAUUGGCGGUCAUAACAUUAGUGUCGGAGAUAUACAAAAUACAAUACUGGGAUGCAGACCGCCUCAUCCGGGACAGUGGUUUCAAUCUUUGCUGUUUCCGAGCCCAAAGUACAAGUCUAGAGAUGUACGAAAAGCAUACGCAAUGAAGCACUCACAACCUCUCGUAUACUUCGCGCUCUGUUCAGGAAGCCUUUCGGACCCCAUGGUGCGAAUAUACACACCGAAGAGCAUUUUCCAGGAGCUUGAAGUUGCGAAAGAAGAAUACAUUCAUAGUAACUUCAAGAUACAAAAAGGGCAAAAGAUGUUUCUCCCAAAACUUGUGGAUCUUUAUGCAAAAGAUUCAGGGUUGUGCCACACUGGUCUGAUGGACAUGAUCGAACAUUCGGUGCCUGAUUGUUACCAGAAAAGCUUCAAACAGAUUCGAAAAGGGAAAUCUACGAAGAAAAUCGAGUGGGUGGCUCAUGAUUUCGGUUUUCGGUAUCUACUUUCACCAGAUUUAGCCAAGUGAAAGCUUGAAAUCUGGAAGGUGGUUCAUACCCAGAUGAUGUUUUGUGUGUUUGCAUGCAUACGGUUUUAGAACCGUGUAAAAAAGGUGAUGAAAACCACAUAAAAUAUGCAUCGGUUUUUUUUAACAAGAUUUUGAGGGUUUGAAUGGUUGUGAUUGAGAAUUGUAGUGUGAAAUGAGUGCCAUUCUUUUUAUUAUUAUUCUCUUGCAUUUUUAUAUGUAAAUUUUACAAUAGCAAGAGAUGAGUUUGAUUAUAUGUUAUGUAUAUUGUUUCUAAUAGUU